GUCAUGUUUCCAAGUAUUUGUUGCAUAAUCAGGUUUAGCCUGCACGUGGGCUAAAUCAAGGUUUUGUUGUAUAAAUGUUAUUGCAAAAUACCAAAAAGGUCCAAAAUCAAACCACAGCGAAGGCGGAAGUGUUUCAAAAUUCGUCUUUCUUGGUUUCGAUGUAUUGGCUUCACAAUGUAAGAUAAACCUUACAAAAAAUAUCAUUAUUAGUAUAUCCAUUCUUACAAUGGAAAGCAGAGCAAAGUAAUGUCAGCCUCGUUGUCAGCUGUAAAUAAUGGCCUGUUGCCUGACGGAAAAGGAAUAUGGCUACGACGAUAGCAGGUUUGAGAAAGAUGUUGAUGAAAAUUUUCAUUGCUCGAUCUGCUACAAUGUUCUUAAAGAACCAAGGAUGUGUAGAAAUAAUGAACACGUCUUUUGUCUUUCCUGUAUCAGUGAACAUCUGAAAGUAAAUUCUCAAACUUGCCCCGAAUGUAAUGAACAUCUGAGUGUUGAUACGCUUCGUCGGCCGCGUGUGUUGAAUAAUUAUUUGUCUAAGCUAAAGAUUAAUUGUGAUCAUGCCAGUCGAGGAUGUCCUGAGUUAACGUGUGUUGAAGGUCUCGAAACUCAUGUUGCCAAUUGUGGCUUUGCGCCUGUGUUGUGUUCAAAUGCAGAGUGUGGUAUGGAGAUUAAUAAAAGGGACAAGGUCUAUCACGAGACUGAAGUUUGUGAAUAUAGGAAAGUGAAAUGUCAUGACUGUGGACAGAUACAGGAAGUUGUAGGAAGAUUGGAAGGGAAAGUGGAAGCAGUGAUAGACAGCAAUGCUGAAGUUAAGAAAGAAAUAAAAGAUGUGAAAGAAAAUCUUUCCAAAGUGAACAAAGACGUGGACGAAGUGAAAGUCAUGAUGAGUCAAAUGUUAGAGAAGUUUAAUAUGCUUGAACUGCUCAGCAAACUGCCAUCUCCAACCGAAGGAAUUUUCAAUGCACCAAGGGAAGAUAUUUUGAUCGCUGGUGGCUUGUGUGCGGAAGAUGGUGCAGAAUUAUUUUCCUGGGAGAAAAAUGGUUGGUAUCAGAUUUCGCAAAUGAAUCAAGGGCACAUUGCGGCUUCAUCAUUUAUUUAUAAUGGUCAGUUAUUUGUUGUUGGGGGAGAUGAUACUAAGACAAUAGGAACCUUGGAUCUCAAUGAAUUACCUUUGAAAUGGGUUGAAUUUUCUGACAAACUUCCUUAUGAAAGUCAUGAUCAUCAAACUGUUGUUUACCAACAGCGUGUCAUUCACAUUGGUGGAUAUAAUGGUGACGAGGAUAAAAAGUCUAACGUGAUUAGUGAAUUGCAACUUACCUCACCUUGCUUACUGAAAGAGUUGUGCCAAAUGCCCCAGCCACGAGAUUGUCAUGGCGCUGAGGCUUUUGAAGAUAAAGUCGUGAUCUUGGGAGGAAUGGAUGACAAUGAUGUUUUAGACAGUGUGUUGGAGUUUGAUCCAAAGAGGAAUGAAUGUAAGGAGCUGCCAUCAUUACCACAUCCCAUGCAUGGAAUGGCAACGGUUUGCUGGAGAGAUCAAGUAGUUGUACUUGGAGGUCGUGAUAAGGAUGACCAAGAUCUAAAUAAUGUUUUCAUGUAUGACUGCAAGACGGGCAAGAUCACAGUCUUACCAUCCAUGUUGGAGAAGAGAUAUGAAUGCUGUGCAGUUAUUACUGGAAAUACGAUUGUAGUCAUGGGAGGUGACAAAGAUGAUGAUAAUGAUCUCAGUUCAGUGGAGUGUUUUCUAAUGGGAGGUUCUACAUGGAAGUAUCUUCCCAGCAUGAAUAACGAAAGGUCCGAAGCAGUUGCUGAAGUUCUACCCUCAACAAGGAAAUGUGUGUAUGUUUGACAUUUUAACAGUGUAUGCAAAUUUAUAUUAGAUUGUUUUGUUUAGAGGUGAAAUUCCACACAUUUCUCUACCUGAGCUGAGAUUUCUGACUGAGGGUAAAGUAAUAUGAAUAACAAAGUUUCUUCAACAUACAAAAGUUGAUUCCAACGCCAUAGUAUGAUCAAAAUGUUUUUGCUUAUUUUCUUGUCCAGUUUAGCUAAGUAAUUAUGUCCAAACAAUUUCUUUAAACUAGCCUUUGUUGCCAGUUGAAGCCAUUGUGUUGUUCGUAUUGCUAUGUUAGUUGGCUGACUUGGCUCAAACAGGAGAAAAUGUUUUCAAGUCAAAAAACGGCUAGUGAUAUGCAGUUGUUAGAAGUAAAAACACUAAUGGACCAUUUGCAUUAUAGACUAAAUUUUGAUCUAGACAAAAAUUUCAUCACAGCUUGAAAGAGCAUCACAAAAUUAGUAAUAUAAUUAUAUUAAUUCCAAAGUUUC